UCCAGUCCCCAGAAGCCACUCUGUGUGCUCCGUUUUAUCAUCUCAACCUCAUGAUACAAUUCCUGGUCCCCACCACAGACCUUUAACUAUUUUGGUAAAAGGUACAUUGGCUCAGGAGGAGGGGCGCUCCAGUACAGUUUAUAGACGUGAACUCUGGAAUCAGCGGUCCCCAGAGUCCUUCACCCCAAAGUCGGUGAGACUUUUUUCAGAAUAAACGUGGCUGCCCGCCGGCUUUCCUGCUGAAGAAGAGAAAACUCAUUAUCAGUGUUGGAUAUACGAUGAAAAACAACCCUGCGCGCCAAGGCAAUCCCUUGGAGAUCAAGAUGGUAAGAAAUUUAGUCGUCUAAUAUAAAGAGUAUCUGAUUUGGAAUAGAAAAGUUGCCCUAAGGAACUUUACACGAGCUUCACCCAUUCACAAGUUGCACGGAGCGCCACAUCCCGCGAAUUCCAGGCGGCCCCUCGGCCGCUCUCUUCUCUCCCCCCAUCCCGCUCCCCAUUGCCAGGUUGUGAGCUGUUUCCGCCGUCCCGGGUCACGUGCGCCCGGGGAUUAAAACUCCUCGGCCAGGCUCCUCCGCGAUGAAGCUUUUCGGUCGAAGUCAAUCGGGGAUCCCGCCAACGCAGGCGACGCCGCUGCCGCCUGCGGCUUUGCCGUCGGGGCGGCUGGCCGUGGCCACGCCUAAAGCAGCCGUGGGCGACUCGCUGCAGGAGGAGGACCUUCUCUUGGCAGCGGCAUACGUCUAUGAUGCCCAAUACAAUAGGAACAUCCCAUUUGAGACUUCACCAAAGGCGAUCAGGCUUUAUUAUCUCUAUAACCACUGGACCAUGCAAGCAGUUACCUACUUCUUCAUUUUUGUAGACCUGGCACUUGCACUAUUUGAAGAGCCAGCUGUGUACCCACUUCCUUUCUUGAUUACAUCACUGAUUGAAGUCUUAUGCCUUUUUGUCUUCUUUGGAAGACUUAUCCAUUUUGCACACGUUACACCUCGUGAUACAUUCUGGAAAGAUACAAAGAACAUCUGCAUCAUGAUAACAGUCUCGAUGACAUUGAUUGACCUAAUUAUCUAUGGCACUCUUAGAGCCUUGAACAUUCAUGGUGUUCGGUGGUCCAGGCCAAUGAGACCCAUCUUCUUAAUAAACUUUGCAGAGAGUCGUCAGAUCCGGCGAGCAUUUCGAAGCAUCCGGAACACUCUGCCUGAGAUCACCUAUGUCUUUCUGCUGUUCAUGUUCAGUGUUCUGAUGUUUUCUCUCAUGGCUCUGAAGCUGUUUGGAGACAGGAAUUUGAAGACCCUGGAAGGCUUGCCAUAUUUUACAAAUUAUCUUGAAGUUGUAUUUGAUAUGUACGUGCUGGUGACCACAGCAAAUAGCCCAGACAUCAUGAUGCCGGCUUAUGACUUCAGCUGGUGGUACAGUUUAUUUUUCAUAAUCUAUGUUAUAAUCAACACCUACAUUUUCAUGUCAGUCUUUUUAGCAGUUGUGUACAACAACUACAGGAAACACCUAAAGAAUGAGAUCCGCAAGCUUGUUUACAUGAAACGUCACAAAAUGAUAGAAGCCUUCAACCUUCUGAAAGUCAAAGAAAGAGAUGAAUUUGUUGUCCAAGAAGAUCAGUGGAAGAGUCUGGUAAAAAUGGUGGCACCUCAUAUCAGUGCAUCCCAUCGAGAACUCCUUUUAAGGAUAUCUGAUGAAGAACAGAAGGGCUACGUGGAUAAAAAAUCCUUUGUACGUCUGGCUGAUCUUUUGAAUAUAGAGGUGAUCACAUUGAAGGCCCACAUCCACCCUUUAGACAUCUGGUUUCCCCAGGUGUAUAACUCUGCUCCCAGCCUGUUUUUACGCAGAAUGAUCCAGCACAGAGCAUUCAUUUGGAUGUAUGAUAUUAUCAUACUAAUUAAUGCAAUCUUCAUUGCACUGGAUGAGAAGAAUCCAUAUAUUUCCUAUGCAGAGUGGGUGUUCCUAUGUUUGUAUAUAAUUGAAAUACUCCUGAAAUUGUAUGUCUUUGAACCCAGGACUUUUUUUGCAAGAAACCAAUUCUGGAACUGGUUUGAUACUUCAAUCAUUAUUGCUGCCUUGAUUGCAACAGUAUUGAACACUGCACUUAAAUCAGUAACUGCAUACAAUAGCCAGCAAAUACUGGACAUUGUGUUUAUCCUACGAGUUCUUAGGCUCAUAAGAAUUAUUGACAGCAUCCAAAGGUUCCGUGUCAUUAUGAAUACACUAAUAAACAUUGUACCUACAAUGCUAACCUUUGGAGCAUUAGUUCUGGUGGUAUAUUACGUGUUUUCCAUAAUUGGGAUGGAAAUCUUCCAUGGGAAAGUCCAAUUCUUUGCUGGGAACAUCUCUUCACCACAAGCCAUGUACUGUGGAAAUCCUGCUUUGAAUGGAACUACAUUCGCACGAGCCAAAUAUUGCAGAAAUAAUUUCAAUGACAUUGUGUCUUCUUUUGUUGUCCUUAUGGAAUUAACUAUUGUCAACCAAUGGCAUGUCCUUGCUAAUGGAUUUGCCCUUGUGACUCAUGAGAUUGCGAAGCUGUUUUUCAUCAUCUUUCACAUCGUUGUGGUUAUUAUGAUUAUUAACAUCUUUGUAGCAUUCAUUUUGGAAGCUUUCUUUGUGGAGUAUUCUCUUGAGAAGAGUGAAGUUGAAACUGCAAUUGAGAAGAAGAUCCAAGAACUUGGUAUAGGGGUACAAGAGGAUGACCUUUUUGAUGGUAGAUUGAUAGACAACCUUGAAACCGGUGAAAAUGACCUUGGAGGUGAAGAGGGAAUAGCAGUGAAGAAGAAAUCUAAAGGAUUGAUGUUUAAAAUUGCAUCCAGAAGAUACAGGACUGUGGAUGCCUUACUUCAACGCAUGUUUGAAGCAGAGAUAGCUCCAGAAGAAGAAGGUCUUUCACUUGAUGAGAUCUUAAAUCUUUCUCCAGACGAGACCUACCCAGGGAACCCUACUUUUGACCAUGCUGCAUAACAUGGAGAAUGAGUGGAAAACUGCAAUCUUUUUAAGUCUCCUUUUAUAAUAAUUCUCUAGCUCACUAGGUACCAGCUUUAGAGCAAUCACCAGUCCCUUCUGUUACUUGAAACUAAAAGAUCAUUGGUGCUCUCUUCAAGUUCUUCCCUCCAAUGAAUCAAGCAUUCCAAGCUUUAAUAUGUACAGUAUAAAAGAUGAAAUGCAGUAUUUUUAUAAAUGGAAAGCACAUUAGAUAAGCCUGAGGUAUUUUGAUUUCUCCUAGAUGCUUAACAUAUUGCUUGAAUGCCUAAUAUUGAAAGAUAUAUUACUGAAUGCAGAUUUGUCCACUACAAUCCAGUUUUUCUUGGCCACGUUAUCAAGUAAGAUCGGGGAGAUAUCCAGUAAUAAAGGUAGGAGAUCAGAUGCCACUUACUACUAUUCCUCAUCCAUCCACCUCCCCCCAAAAGAACUUAUGUUGUGGUAGGCCAACCAUUUCUCUUUUGGCUUUGCUUGUAGAUGCUCUCUUCUCUGAAACCCAGCACUUGACUCAUAAAAACGCAUCCAGGCGUGAAUUAUUUUACUAGUCAAUUUAGUAGUAUCUGAAUCCUAAAUAUCAAGCACUCAUUCGCAUAGUUAAGGGGCUGACGCUGCCCCACCUCUCCUGCCCCUCCCAUUGUCUGAUGUAAAGUGCCGUUUCCUGCAUUCCAUUCAUCCAGAGAGGGAAGAUACUUGAUCUGUUUUUUUUUUCCAAACAGAUCAGUCUUGAAUUUUCCACAACAUUCUGAACAUUACAGUAUAAUUCCUGGCUCAAAUUGUGUACAGUAUCAAAAUUCAAAUAUAUGAAAGCGUAAUUGUGAGGGUGCAUUACAAAAGAAAUAUGUAUUUGUAUGUUUAACUUUAAAAGAAUCAGAUUGAGGCAGAAAUUAAAUGGAAAAGCUUAACUUAAUACAUGCAUUGUUUAAAUGAAUCAGAAAUGAGUCAUUAAUUUUUUGCAGAUGUAUAGUUUAUUGUAAGCCACCUUGAGGAUGAUUCAAUUGAAAACCAGGUUAUAGUAAAAUCUAUCAUCAGUAGGAACAGUUUUGAGCUUCUACACCUUUACUUGAGUUUCUGGGUGUAAUACUCACUAGCAGUAGUUCAACACGUUAUGUGCCGGGAGAGGGAUAAGUAGCCAUUUAAUGGCUGGGAGAUGCAUUUAAAAUAUCAUUGAAACAUCUAAUGAUAUUUUGGAAAGAAAUUAUAUGAAGAAGCUCAGGGCUCUCUCUGUCUGUAGGUAACUGAGAGCAGAUGGGACCAAAUUUGGUGUGGCAGGAGAAG